GUUACCAUGACAACGAGAAUUCAGGCUGUUAGAAAGUAAAAACGCUGAGCGCAUCAACUCUUUGUUCCGGUAGAAAACUUUCGUCUUUUGACCUCCAGCCAAUCAGCUCUGAGCUCUUCAGCCCCUUCACUCUCCUCCUCCUCUAACCUCGACAGGCGGCUGCUACUUAUCUGGCUCAUAAAUAUCACAUCGCUCAGCUGUGUUGCAAUUACAGCAGCUGCUCACGAAGUGACCGAAUAAAAACCUCCGGCUGUGAUUUCGUCCUGCACCAGCCAACAUGUCCGUCGAGGAAGAGUUCAAGAAAGUGGCAGACCAGGUGAAGAAUAUGAAAACGAAGCCUACAGAUGACGAGAUACUGAUCCUGUACAGUCUGUAUAAACAGGCCAUGGUUGGAGACGUUAACAUAGACAAACCGGGGCUAACUGACCUAAAAGGAAAAGCAAAGUGGGAAGCUUGGGAAUCCAGGAAAGGAAUGUCCAAAGCGGACGCGAUGGCUGCCUAUAUCAAGCAUGCUAAGGAGCUUUUCAGCAAAUAUGGGGUGUAAACUUUGCAAGAAUCUAAUAAAGCUUGACUAAUGCAAAAAAAAAAGAAAAGACUUUACU